AUGACUUCCAAGUCGGCAGAGGCUCCCACCUAUAGCCAGAUAGCCUGUGUUGGGGCCGGACUAUCAGCUGUAGCCCUGGGUGCAACGCUGCAGAGAUGGUACGGCCUCGAAGACAUUCAUUUCUUUGAGCGGCAUCCCACGAGUGGCGGAACAUGGUACAUCAAUACUUAUCCAGGAUGCGGCUGCGAUGUCCCAAGUGCCCUUUACAGUUUCUCCUUCGCACAAAACCCUAAUUGGACAAAGCUUAUGCCUUCAAAUACGGAAAUCAAGGGGUACGUCGAUGAUGUGGUAAAGACAUAUAAUCUCCUCCCGAAAAUGAUAUUCGGGACUGAGGUGGUCCGCAGUGUCUGGAGAGAGGAUGUGAACCGCUGGCUUCUUUACUUGCGUGACAUAAAGACGGGACGUGAGUAUGCCCACGAGUGCCAAAUCCUUUUUGCAGCUACCGGGCAACUUGUCGAACCGCGUCCGUGUGAUAUCCCUGGUGCAUCGGAAUUUCAGGGGAACAUUUUCCAUUCAGCGCGAUGGGAUCACAGCGUUGAUCUUAAGGGCAAAAACGUUGUUAUUGGAAAUGGAUGUACUGCUGCACAAAUCGUGCCAGCUCUCAUUAAGAAGGAGGAGGUGAAGUCUCUCACACAAAUUGUCCGAACCAAGCACUGGAUAUUUCCGGCCCCGAACUUUGCCUAUCCCAAGUUUCUUCAGUGGAUCUUCCGCUAUGUCCCACUUGCCAUGAGAUUUCACAGGCUCCAUAUCUUUUUGAUGGCGGAGAACGAUUUCCGCUUGUUCCCAAUGACAAAGAGCGCAGCGAAAUUGCGUGAGAAGAGACGGAAACAAGUAGAAAAGUACAUGCGGGAAGCGAGUCCGAAGAAAUAUCACGAUCUGCUCAUUCCGGAUUUUGAUGUAGGCUGCAAGAGGCGAAUCUUCGACCCCGGCUACCUCAAAUCACUACACAGCGAAAGAGCUCUUCUGACAGACGCGAAAAUCGAAAGAAUAACUUCAGAGGGAAUUGAGACUGACAAAGGGUUCAUCGCAGCUGACGUGAUCGUUCUCGCGACCGGCUUCCAAACCAACAAAUUCAUUCCCUAUAUGGAUGUUGUUGGACGGAACGGGGAGAACGUCUCGCAGCAUUGGGGUAAAUAUGGUGGCCCGGCGGCCUACAACUGCUCAGCAUUGAGUGGAUUCCCGAACUUCUUUAUGCUCCUAGGCCCUAACGCUGCGACUGGGCACACAUCGGCCAUGAUGGCUGCGGAAAACUCCAUUAACUAUGCCCUUCGCGUGCUGAAGCCGGUUUUGGAUGGGGACGCCGCCUCCGUCGAGGUCACUGCUAAAGCUGAGCAUGACUACGUAUACUGGGUGCAAGACGCACUGAAAAAACGUGUUUGGAAUGCUGGAUGUGUCUCGUGGUAUCUCAACGACAAGAGCUGGAACUCCAUGUCCUAUCCUUGGACGCAAAGCCACUAUUGGUGGAGGAGUCUGUUCCCCACAUGGUCUGACUGGACUAUCAAGAGUGUGUUGAAGCCAUCGACCCGUUCCUCGUCCUGGGUGCUGCUCUUGGCUCUUUUCUGUGUUGCAAUAUUGGGAGGUACACAGAUCUCUGACGCCCGCAAUAUCUCUUUCGGUGCCUUUAAGAUGCUGUGCAUCACAGCCUUCUCUAAAUUGAAGGGCACAUAA